AGCGUUGCCAUUUAGUUGCACCACAUUUAACGAAAGGCAGAAAAUUUUUACUGCUGCACGCAAAGUUCAUUUUAAAUGGCUUUUACAUAGUUUAAAAUAUACACAUUAAAGGUCAAAGUGUAAAUUAAGUUUAUAUAGUGUUGUUGUGAGUUAAAAUACAAUGUUUGUAAAACAUUCUUAAGGAUUAUUUGCUUAACUCAAGUACGCAGCGGACGUACGCACACAAAAACCCACACACACGCGUACAUAAGAAAAAAACAAGUUCUAAUAAGAAAGACAAAGAAGCAACAGCUUGCAGUUUCCACUUGGACUUCAUGAUGGGUACAAGCAGCGGCAUUAAAACUGAAGUUGCAGAACCCAGAGCGCUGGGCUUGAAUCACUCCAGUGGCAGCCAAAGCAAUGCAGCAGCCGUGGCAGCUGCUGUGGCAGCAGGAAACGCAGCAAGUUCCGCUGCUGCCGCCGCUUCCCUCUCGUCGGUGGAAUUGUGCCUGGUGUGCGGCGAUCGAGCAUCCGGUCGACAUUACGGCGCCAUCAGCUGCGAGGGCUGCAAAGGCUUCUUUAAGCGUUCGAUACGCAAACAAUUGGGUUAUCAGUGUCGAGGGGCGAUGAACUGUGAGGUGACCAAACACCAUCGCAACAGGUGUCAAUUCUGUCGGCUGCAAAAGUGUUUGGCCAGCGGCAUGCGAAGUGAUUCUGUGCAACACGAACGCAAACCAAUUGUGGAUAGAAAAGAUGGCAUUGUUUCUAACUCAGCUGGCGGCGUUGCCGGCUCCAAUUCAGGUGGCAACUCCAGCAGUUCAUCCACCACAAAGUCCAGUUAUCAACAGGUGCGUGUCAAGCAGCAGCAGCAACAACAACAGCAUGCCUCUGUGGCAGCUGCAGCGUCGGCAGCGAGUGCCGCCCUUUUUCAACAUGCUGCCACGCCUCCCGUGUCCAGUGCGACAACAGCGCCCUUUGUCAUCAACGAGAAUCUGUUUCCCAUGGGCCUUAACUUUGCCGAGCUCACACAAACGCUGAUGCUCGCAUCGCAGCAGCAGCAACAACAACAACAGGCGGUUAGCAGCAAUGCGCCUCCAAUUUGUUAUUCGCCGGAUCUGGCCAAGCCGGAGGUGGAGGAGGAUGACGAUGAUUCCAUGGACAACAGCAGCACCUUGUGCCUGCAACUGUUGGCCAACAGUGCCAACAACAACAACAACAACUCCACACAGCAUUUGAAUUUCAAUGCAGCUGCCACAGAUGCCACAACGCUGCCCACACCCGCCACAGUGGGUCUAAUCCAGAGUUCGCUGGACAAGCGGGCCAUUGAUAAGGCGCUGCAACUGUUGCAGCCCAUCCAACAGCAGCUGGACAGAAAUCAGAGCAAUCAAAACACAGCAGCUGGAGGAUUGAGCAUUAAACCGGAAUGCGAUUCGGAUGCGGAGGACAGCGGCACUGAGGACGUGGAUGCGGAUGCAGAUCUGGUGGAGCACAUGGAUUUGGACUUUGACUAUUGCAAUCGUGGUGAUUUUGUGGCCAACGAAGCCAUCUUUGCCCAGGAUCUGUUUGCAUCCGAGGCACAGUGUGCAUUCCAUGUGCAGCCACCGACACUGGUGCACUCCUAUCUCAACAUGCACUACGUCUGCGAGACGGGAGCCAGGAUCAUCUUCCUCACGGUGCACACGUUACGCAAGGUGCCCGCUUUCGAGCUGCUCGAUUCUCACUCCCAGAUGAAACUCCUGCGGGGUGCAUGGCCAUCUCUAUUGGCCGUCGCCUUGGCCCAGUGUCAGCGUCAAUUGGCCGUUCCCACGAUCAUCGGUCAGCUGGUGCAGAGUGUACGCCAAUUGGCGGACAUAGAUAAGAUUGAGCCACAAAAGAUUGCCAAAUUGGCGCAAAUUACACGCACCAUUCACGAUUUUGUCCAGGAACUGCAGUUGCUGGAUGUGACGGAUCUGGAAUUUGGUCUGCUGCGUCUCGUGUUGCUCUUCAAUCCAUUAUUGCUGCAACAGAAUCGUCGAGAGCGUUCACUGCGCGCCUAUGUGAAGCGUGUUCAGCUUUAUGCACUUGCCACUCUGCGGCGUCAAGGUCAAGGAGGAGCGGCGGGGGAGGAGCGGGCUAAUGGAUUAUUUGCUAGUCUAAUGCCGCUGAGCGGUCUGGAGUCGGAGCUAACCGAGGAGCUGUUCUUUGCCAAUCUGGUGGGGCAAAUGCAGAUCGAUUCCAUGAUACCCUUCAUUCUGAUGAUGUGCAACAGCAACGGAUUGUAAACAAUGGAGAUGAACACAAAGCAAAGACUGAUUGGCAUCAAAUGAAGGAUUGUGAACGGGGGUGGGGAGGGGGCCAAGAUGCGCAUAGUGCAGACAAUACUUAGUUAUAGUGGAAAAAACCCUUUAUUAUACAUUUAAUGCGUCUAUGAAAUUUUAUACAUCGCAGUAAAAUAGCAUAUGCAAAUCAGCUGAUUUUAUAAUAAAUUUUAAAACAAAA